AUGACUGUACAACGCCCUCUGUUCACCGCCAGCCGUACCCAGACGCUGACCUACCUCCUGGCCGUCUGCCCCUUCUCCAUUGCCUUUCUGGUUUUUGUCAAUUCUUCUGUCUCAUUCGUGGUUACAGAGUUAAUUGGCAUACCGGAGGGAGAGGGAGAUGCUGUUGGAACGCUUGGGUUCGCCGAUGAAUUGCUUGCGCUGGCCGCUUGUCCCCUGUGGGGUGUACUAUCGGAUCGGAUAGGCGUCCGACAUACAUGUGUUGCUGGUUAUGGCAUUAUUGCGCUCGCGCUGUUCUUGUUCGUUCAGGCCAAGAAUGUCUAUCCCCAACUACUUCUCGGGAGACUGCUGUUCAGCGUCGGAGGUGCUGCAGUUUCGACCAUGGUCACUGCCGUUCUACCAGCAGUCACCGGGAGAAAUCGUGAACAGGAAUUCCAUGCGUCCUUGGCUCAAGAACCACAUCACCCACGGGACAGUGUCGCCCAGCCCACUUCCGCCCCAGAUGCUGGUCGUCAACGCAACACGUACACUCCCUCUUCUCGGCUAGCUGGGUUCGUUGGUGCCUGUGCUGGAUGCGGUGCGCUCGUAUCCCUCGUAAUCUUCCUUCCCCUUCCCGCUCGGUUCCAGAAAUGGGGGCUAUCCCCGCCGCAGGCCAUCCAAUACAGUUACUACCUCGUGGGUGCUGUAGCUCUUCUUAUCAGCGUCUGCUGUCUGAUCGGUCUUCGAAACCUUCCUGGAGAGGAGGACAAGUCUUGGAACUCCCUCUGGGCGUCACACAAUGAGUCGCCGGAGACCGCCCUCAGCGGCCCAUCAUGCGCCGUAGGCGGCCGAUCCCGGUAUCCUUACUUAGACCAGCUUGGAGCAGCCGUCGCACUAGGGUUCCGACAUCGCGAUAUCUUCAUCGGCUAUCUUGGCGGGUUCGUGGCACGGGCAUCAUCUGUCGGGAUUUCUCUCUUCAUCCCGCUUGCCGUCAACCAUUACUACCGAAAAUCGGGUCUCUGCGACGACAACAGUCGCGAUGGGUCGAGCCCCGGCGAGAUCAAGCAGUCAUGUCCGAAAGCGUACGUGCUGGCUUCCAUUUUGACGGGAGUCUCGCAACUGGUUGCGUUGAUUGCCGCUCCGGCAUUCGGAUACCUGUCGGAGCGAUCGCGGCAAUACCAUCUUCCUCUCCUUUUUGCUUGUCUCUGCGGCACUGCCGGUUACCUGGCGUUUGGAUUGAUGCCCAGCCCCAACUUCACCGGGCCAGACGGAAGCGCGGGCGUCUUCGUAGUCAUGGCGUUGAUUGGGAUCAGCCAGAUCGGAGCCAUCGUGUGCAGUCUUGCCGUGCUGAGCAACGGCAUCCUCACCAUGGACGCCAACGAGGAGAUUCCGAAGCAAGUUGAUGGGCCGGAGAUCUCGGGCGCUGUGGAAGCGGGCCCGGGACAAAUGCCUACGAACGGGGUCCAUGACCCUGACGAGCAACAGCCUUUGCUGGCUAACCCUAAGAGUCACAACACCCGGCAGCUGUCGCAUCUCAAAGGAUCGAUUGCGGGGGUAUAUUCGUUAUAUGGAGGAGCAGGCAUUCUUCUCCUCACUAAGCUAGGGGGCCUCUUGUUCGAUGUGCUGUCUUCGGGCUCCCCAUUCUACAUCAUGGCCGGGUUUAAUGGUGCCCUGCUUCUAGCUGGUGUUAUUGGUGGCCUGGUGAGCCGUUCCAGAAAGUACUUGAAUUUGGCAUAG